AGACGCCGUUGGCAGUAGAACUGGUUAAUGUGUGUAGAACCCCCCAUACACACACCCCAGUGAAACUCAAAAAUCUCCCAAUUUAAGAAUCUACUUACAGUCCCAACGCACGCCUGUCACUUUAAAUGACCAAACACGUCUGAUUUCAUAGAUGCAGAACCACUGAACUAAUGUAACGUCGAUGCACAGGUCGGCCGUGUCAUCUGCAUUUAAGUUAAAAGAUGACUUACUGAUACAAUGAAAGACUUUAUAUUGAUAUAUAUGUAUACUGACCGAUAACUUCAUUUACAUAAAGGGAAUAAACACGCCAUGGUUUUUAAAUGACGACAACACAAGUGUUUACUAUGUCGUCGUCAUAUGGGCUACUUAAAAAUUCUUCUCAAAGGGCCUCGGGUCGUACCAUUAUGGCGUGUGGCGGGGGUUCCGAAGUGUUUCGAGUUAAUAAAACAUUCGUGUCUGUACCGGUUUGAUCGUGUUUGUGGCAUUGAGACAUUUUUGUGGCAGUUUUCUUUCCCGUGUCUAACACAAACCACUCGUGAAAUAUGAGAUCGAUCAGAUUCUUGAGCUCCCCUCAACGCGUUGUCCUGAAGUCCAGCAUCCACAGAUCCGAGCUCCGUGCGGACCGGUCGCCAGACCAGACCAGACCAGACAGAAACGCGACUCACGUUUUCGACGCUCUUUCAGUUGUCUUCACAAGAACGUCUAGCUGCGUAGUGUUUUGUCUGUGAACGCAUGGCGCAUUUCCCACGUGCUGUCGUUCAGAUCGAUGUAGAUCGGAGCCGCUGUGAUCAGACGGGACUGGGUUGGUUUUCACGUCGUCUUUGCGCAGUAUGUAUUUUUGGAAGCGUUGUUAAGGUGAAGUGCGAGUGUCUGAUCGCUACCGCAGUGCGCGUCAGGUCGGAUCUAGAGGAGCGUCUGACAGAUGACGUGUAGCUCUUCAGUUCACAAUCACAGCUCUGCAAUCUUCUGUCGUUCGUGAUGGAUCUGAAUUUUUACGCGGAUUUAUCGGACGGAACGGGGCGGUCCGAUGAGCCGGAGUUUCUGGAUGCUCAGGCGUUUCAGAAGUUCCCGGGAGGCGGUGAGAACUACCUGACCAUCAGCGGAGAGGGACAUCACUUUCUGUCAUCAGCGGAGCCCUUUCACACGCCCAACCUGGGCGAUGAGGAGUUUGAGAUCCCGCCCAUAUCUCUGGACCCCGACUCUACGCUGGGCGUCUCUCACUUCGGAGAGCUGGGUGAUGCUGGUCCAUCGUCCGGCGUGCCCGGGAACGCCGUGGUCGGCGGGAACGAUCCUUCUUUCGCCUCUAUGUUUGUGAACGCGCCCUCGCAGGGCCUGGAGCAUCUUGGUCUGAUGAGUCAGCAGGGGGCCGGACCCAUGCUCGGAUCCACGCUGGGAAUGGAUCUCGGCCAUCCCAUUGGUUCGCAGUUCAGUAGCUCUUCGCCGAUGACCAUUGACGUCUCGCUGGGUGACAUGAACCACGGCCUAUUGGGGCACAACCAACUGACCACCAUCGACCAAUCAGAACUCAGCGCUCAGCUCGGGUUGAGUCUGGGUGGCGGUGCCAUCCUGCCACGCCCACAGUCACCUGACCAGCCGCUGUCCGACGCCGGCUCGCCGUCCGAUUCGCUGCAGGACGAUGACAUGGACGAUUUCAGACAAAAGAGCGUGCUGGUGGAUUCACCCGUCUCUCUCUCCGUGUCCUCGGGCGUGGUCUCUCUCUCGCCCUCUCUGCCGGAUCCGCCCGUGGCUCCGGCGUCCUCCGGCGCUCCUGUGAGGAAAGGUGUGGGAGGAGGCGGGAAAAAGGGCAAGAAGAAGAAAGACCCGAACGAGCCGCAGAAGCCCGUGUCGGCCUACGCCCUGUUCUUCAGAGACACGCAGGCCGCCAUCAAGGGUCAGAAUCCGAACGCUACGUUCGGAGAGGUGUCGAAGAUCGUCGCCUCCAUGUGGGAUAGUUUGGGGGAGGAGCAGAAACAGGUGUACAAGAGGAAGACCGAAGCCGCCAAGAAGGAAUAUCUGAAAGCACUGGCUGCUUAUGAGGCCGGUCAGCUGUCACAGCAGGCAACUAUUGAAGUGCUAGAUGCUGCACCUCCGUCCCCUCCCGCAGCCCCCGAACCCACGCUGACCCCCACCCCGAUACGCUCGUCUCGCAUCCCACAGUUUGCCCCGGACAACAACACCAUCACCAACAUCUGCACGUCCAACAUCAUCAUAGACCUGCCGCAGGUCACCACACGCUCGCGCACGGGGGCGCACAAACCCGCAGCGACGUCCUCUGCCGCGCCCGCCCCGCCCAUCGUUAGCAAAAUAGUCGUUCCCAAACAGCAGGCGCAGUCCUCGCCUCCGACUGCUCGCCAACCUCCCCCCCUCCAACAGAUGCAGAACACCCCCCCACCCCCUCGUCUCCAGCAGAUGUUACAUUCCCCGGCCCCGCCCCCUCUCCAGGCUAAACCGCGCGGGGGUGCCGGCACGGGACAAGUCACCGCAGCGGCGCCGCCACCACCUCCUCUGAAAAUCAAGAUAGUCCCCGCCCCCGUGCAGACGGAUGUGAGCACACCCAUCAUAGUGACGACUCCUGAUGCCACACCGACCGCAGCGGAGGAGCUGCGGUCCACCGCCAUCGUGGCGGCUUUGUCACCGUCGGCAACGGAGGAGGCGGCCGAAGAGGGGAUGGAGGUGGAGUUGAAUGUUUCUCCGGGUCCAGACGCGACUCCGUCAGACGCUCCCAGUGUGUGCAUCCGUGCCGGCUGUAACAACCCCCCCAUCCACAGUAAAGACUGGGACAGAGAGUACUGCAGUAAUGAGUGUGUGGCCACGCACUGCAGGGAUGUGUUCAUGGCCUGGUGUGCCAUCAGAGGACAAAACUCAACCACUGUGACAUAAACACGUGACAGACAGACGUGAGAUGUGAGUGAUGUAUCAGAACCACACCGUAACCUGGAGUGAAACUACAUCAACUUCAGCUGGACUAACGUCAGGUUUAUGACAUCACGACGUCAUCUGAAACACUGUCGAGCGGAAACCGACGCAACGCACAGGCUUAUACUGAGAAAGGCAAACGGGGAUUUCCAUGCGAGUUUACGCUGAAAAACAUUUGAAAUGUUCAUGUUUUAUAAUGACGUAAAUUGUGUAUGUGAUCUGCAGUGUCGGUGUGUUUCACUGGAACAUUUAAAGGUACACAAACAUCAAUGCAUGACACGUGCAUUACAACUAGGGCUGGGUGAUAUACCUCCAAUUGAAUAUUUCCGGAUCUGUCUCCGUUUCCAUGAUGCUACAUUGUUCGUUCUUGUCGGCGAUUCAUCUAUCAUGGACUCCCGUGGCUCUUUUCACACCUGUGUGAGAGGUGGAGUAAAAUAGACUAUUGGCGUCGUCUUUGGCACAUUGAUAUUUUUACAAUUAUUUCAAAAUCAAUUCAUGAUAUUCUAGCAUUUAAUGUCUUCAGCACAUCAUCUAAUAUUUGAUAUAUUGCCCAGUCUUAAUUACAACAGACUCAAGAGCAGAAGCAAGCGCGCGUGUGUGCACUAGAUGCCGCAUUCAAGCACUCCAGGCACGUAGACGUGUCCGCCAUCUUGGAACAGUCCACUGACGUCACUCACAGUUGACUCGAAUGCCCUAUCGCUGCGCAGCCAUGGCUGUGAAAACCACAGAGAUUUAAAUUCCCCCAAAAUGGAGUAACCUUUCGUUGUUAUCGUGUGUUAGUGUAGCAGGUAUAAUGUUUGAGUUUACACAACAAAAAAUAUGUUUUCAUAAUCAUACAGACAGCUUGAGCUUGAGUGUUAACGGACCGGUUCCAAUAUGGCGGACAACCUACAUAUAGCGGCCCAUAGAAAUGGAUGCUAAUUCUAAUUUAUGUUUCUAAUUUAUAUCUAUGCGUGCGUGCGUGAGUGCGUGAGUGAGUGAGUGAGUGUUAAAUUAACUAAUAAUAGAAAGACUGUUUCAACAGAAAAAUAUCAUUUUCGUGUUUGAUUUGUUAUAUUUUAGUUGAAUUAAGGGUGUGAUCAGGGCUUCCAGAAAUGAAUCAUGGUGACUAUAGUUUCUGAACAAAUACUUUUACAAAAAUGUCAAGUUUCUGACACUGUACGUGUGAAUUGAUUUGACUGUAGUAACACUAACUGUACAAAUUAUUAUAUUUUAAAAUCUAGGGAACUGUGGUUACCAAGGUUAUUUUUAAGGUGUUUUAUUAUCUUGCAAAAGCGUUACGUUGAAAUACAACUUAUUCCAAAAAUACUGUUGACGCUGUGGCAUGUGAAUAACUGGAAACAGAUUUUAUACUGGUUUAAAAAACAUACUUUGAUUAACUGCCUGUUAAUAUAUGAUAUUAUGUAUAUUUGCUUUUCCAUUUUUUUCCUCAUUUCGCGUUAUUUUUGGAAACUAUGCGUUUUGUUAUUAUUAAGAUGAGCUGAGAUGUGUGAGAUGAGUGAAAAAUACAAACACAAACCAACAAACAAAUGUAAAUGGGUGUCUUCUGUGUCCUUCAUUGGUGAAAACAAUACAAGUAAUGAUGGAACUCUUUACUGUGUAUAUGAAAAGUUUGGUUCCAAAAUGAGAUAACUGUUUUUUAUGAUGUUAUGAUGGUUUUAUUGUGUAUUAGUUAGCUGUAAUCUUUGAGUUAUUAUAGCUUAAAUCGAAACAGACCAACUGAAGGUUUGGUUGAUAUUAAUUGGAAUGCACAAUAAAAACGUGUGAUUUUUGAGUUAUCUCAUUUUGGAAUGUUAGUUAGUUUUUUUCUUGAAUCAUGCAGAAUAGCUUUGGUCUUAACCUCACUCCUUGCUAUAUUAGCAAAUGUGCACAUUUUGAUGAGUAACAGAAUAAAUG